CUUUCCUUCCGGAAGUUCUCCCUCUUCUUUUUUUUAUUUUUUUUCUUUGCCGGAAGUCUCCCCUUUUCUUCUCCCCCUGACGGGCACCGGAAACACACUCGGCGCCCCGAGUUAUUGUGCGCGGGAGAGGGCAAGAUGGCGGCGAAUAUGUACCGGGUGGGCGAUUAUGUGUAUUUUGAAAACUCUUCAAGUAACCCGUACCUUAUUCGCCGGAUAGAGGAACUUAACAAGACAGCAAAUGGCAAUGUUGAAGCCAAGGUUGUGUGUCUUUUUCGUCGCAGAGACAUCUCCAGCAGUCUGAACAGUCUAGCAGACAGCAAUGCACGGGAAUUUGAGGAAGAGUCCAAACAGCCAUCUGUUGGUGAUCAACAUAGGCACCAACUAAAACAUCGAGAACUGUUUCUUUCCAGACAGUUUGAAUCUCUGCCAGCAACACAUAUCAGGGGCAAAUGCAGUGUAACUCUGCUGAAUGAGACAGACAUUUUAAGCCAGUAUUUGGAGAAAGAGGAUUGCUUUUUUUACUCGUUGGUGUUUGACCCUGUGCAAAAGACUCUAUUGGCUGAUCAAGGAGAGAUCAGAGUUGGUUCCAAAUAUCAGGCAGAAAUUCCUGACCAGCUAGCUGAAGGUGAAUCUGAUAACCGGAACCAGCAGAAAAUGGAGAUGAAAGUUUGGGAUCCCGAGAAUCCUUUAACUGAUAGACAAAUAGACCAGUUUCUUGUAGUUGCCAGGGCUGUUGGCACAUUUGCAAGAGCAUUGGACUGCAGUAGCUCAAUUAGACAACCGAGUUUACACAUGAGCGCAGCAGCUGCUUCUCGUGACAUUACACUGUUCCAUGCAAUGGAUACCCUCCAGAGGAACGGUUAUGAUCUCGCUCGUGCCAUGUCUACACUUGUCCCUCAGGGUGGUCCAGUUCUGUGCAGGGAUGAAAUGGAAGAGUGGUCUGCAUCAGAGGCUAUGUUAUUUGAGGAGGCAUUGGAGAAAUAUGGAAAGGAUUUUAAUGACAUCCGACAAGACUUUCUCCCCUGGAAGUCACUGGCUAGUAUUGUUCAGUUCUACUAUAUGUGGAAAACUACAGAUAGAUACAUCCAACAGAAACGUCUGAAGGCAGCUGAAGCAGACAGCAAAUUGAAGCAAGUCUACAUCCCAACUUACACCAAACCGAAUCCCAAUCAGAUUAUAUCUGCUGGAUCUAAACCUGGACUUAAUGGAGCUGGAUUCCAAAAGGGUUUGACUUGUGAAAGCUGCCACACCACAGUCUCUGCACAGUGGUAUGCAUGGGGUCCUCCUAACAUGCAGUGCCGCCUUUGUGCAUCUUGCUGGAUCUACUGGAAGAAGUAUGGUGGGCUUAAAACACCAACACAGCUUGAAGGUGCAGCAAGGAAUAUUGGGGAGCCACAUUCUCGUGGCCACAUUUCUCGGCCUGAAGCUCAGAGCAUGUCACCAUACACCACCAGUGCUAACCGGGCAAAACUGUUGGCAAAGAAUCGGCAAACCUUCCUUUUGCAGACGACCAAACUAACUCGUAUUGCACGACGCAUGUGCAGAGAUAUCUUGCAGCCUAGAAGAGCUGCACGUCGACCCUACGCUCCUAUAAAUUCCAACUCCAUAAAGGCAGAAUGCUCUAUUCGACUACCAAAAGCAUCUAAAACUCCACUAAAGAUCCUGCCCUUGGUCCGCCCUCCAUUGGCUGCCAUUGUGAAAGAGCUAGCUGCUCAAGCACCACUCAAGCCGAAAACCCCACGUGGGACAAAAACGCCAAUAAAUCGUAACCAGCUUACUCAGAGUCGCAGUUUAAGUGUGUUACCCACGAAAAGAGCAUUUGAAGCUGUAUCUGGGGUUGGAGUAGUACCUCCUUUUUCUGCCAAUGGCCGCUCCUUCUCCUCUGGUGUCCGUUCCAGCUCUCAACCCACCGUUAAGAGACAGAAGCUCAAUCUUGCUGAUGCCCCUAAUCCUGUAGUGUUUGUGGCUACAAAGGAUACAAGAUGCUUAAGAAAAUCCCUGUCACACAUGGAGAUGCGCCGAGCUGCUCGUCGCCCCAAUCAGCCCCUGAAGAUAAAGCUACCACUGCCUCCAAGAACAGCUGUGCUUAUACCAUCUCUCGCAGCAGCCCACCCUGCCAGCACAAGUGAACCUAUUGUUUUGGAAGACUAAGGCACUAAAACAUCAGUUUCCAUGUAGAAAGAAAUUCCUGUCCCCUUCUGACCUUUUUCAAGCCAGUACUCUUCACCAGUACAUAACAGACAGUAUAUGUGCUUGAGGAUGGAAGAUUUCCUUUUGCCCUCCUCCCCUAAUAAAGAUGUCAACGGUCCAAAUCCAGAAAGCCCAACCUAGCAGGAACAGGGGCAUGUUUUUCCUCUAUUUUUUUUGCUCCUCCCAUUUACACUUUCCCCCAGUCCCUUAUUUUAAUAUAUAUAUUUUUCUUCAUCUAACUUCCUUGAAUUGUUGGGAGGUGCUCUCGCUCCCUGGUCAUAUCCCUACCCUUUUUUUUAUUUUCUUUUAGUUUUGCUUUUUUUUGUACAAUUGAAAUAAUUUGAGGUCCAUCAGUAAAAAGAAACAAAAGAAAAAGUGUCCUGAAAUUUUUAUGGAAUGUAGUUUGGGAUGGGCAUGACUGGAUGGUUUGGAAUAAUGUGGGUUACAGGGGGAUUUUCAUACAGCACUGUCUGGAAAUAAUCAAACGUGAAUAAAAAUUCUGGUUGAUCAGGCCUGAAUAUCACUAUACAUACCAAAG